CCUCCUCUCCCUCUCCAUCUCAGGCAAGGCAAACCGCUCAACUCUCUCCGCUCCAAACGACUAGCUCGAUCACUUGCUAGCUGCCUAGCUCCCACCAUGAUGGCUUCGCGAGUCUCCUCCCUCCUCCGCGCCGCCGCCGCGGCGGUGUCCGUCCCCGGCCGCUCCCGCUCACUCUCCGCCGCAGCGGCGACGGCGGCGAAGAAGCCGGCGGGGGACUACGUGCCGGUGUACGUGGCGAUGGGGAUGAUCGCGGUGUCGGUGUCGCUGGGCCUGGCGACGGCGAGGCAGCAGCUGGCGCACGCGCCCAACGUGCGGCUCGACAAGAAGAAGCGGGAGACGGUGCCCGAGGUGGCGGCGCCGGACAUGGCGCUCGACGAGGCGGAGCGGUUCGUCGGCGGGUCGCUGUUCCGCAAGGUGGCGCACGUGCAGGACGACGCCUCGCUCCGCGCCGGCGUCGCCGCCGACCCCGUCGCCGAGUACCCGGCCAGGAAGGCCGUCACCCUCAAGGACGCCGGCGUCGAGCCCCCCGGCAUCGAGCAGGGCAGGGAGGGGAUCCUCGAGGUGUUGGGGAAGAAGACCAAGCCCGCCGCCGCUGCUUGAAGCUGAAGCGUGUGAUAUAAUUGCAGUUAAUUAGUAGUGGGUUAAUCUGGGUUCUCCUUGCUUUAAUUAGUUUUAUUUGCUUAAUUACUGGUUGCUUUGUUUUAGUCUUUCAAACCGGCUGUACUUUUAUGAAGUCGAUGUGUGUGUUGGGGAACUGCUUGUACAUAUGUCAAUCCAGCUUUGAUGAAAAAAAAAAUUAUCAAAUUUUAGCAUUUUAAAA